AUGGCCUCCGAAACGCUAACUCAACAACCACUCAAUAGCCCAGCUGUACAAAUAACUGCAAACGCUGAACCGCCUAGACCGAUUGAAACCCUGGAGGUGGAAGAACCUCGUAAUGAUGAAGAUAACAUGGUCUUUCCCACUGGGCCGAAGCUUUGGUCUACGAUGGCAUCAAUGGCAAUCACAUGCUUCCUUAGUGGACUUGACCUUACUAUUGUAGCCGUGGCUGUACCAAGUAUAACCGAUGAGUUUCAAACGAUAGCAGAUAUUGGAUGGUAUUCUGCUGCAUACGGUAUGACGCUCAGUGCUUUCGUUUUCUUCUUCGGCCAAAUCUAUACUCUUUUCUCCAUCAAAGCCGUCUUCCUUAUCGGAAUCGCAACAUUCGAGAUAGGAGCCCUGAUCUGUACCCUCGCACCCUCCUCACCGGUCUUCAUCCUCGGCCGUGCCAUCAGCGGUCUAGGUCGGGGAGCUAUCAACGGAGGUCUGUUCAAGCUCCUUCGACACUGUUUUCCUCUUUACAAGCAGGCUAUCAGCACCAGCUUCUUCGGCGCCGUGCAAAGUAUCGGACUCAUCACUGCCCCUACUAUUGGCGGUGCACUGAUUGAUGCGUUCUCCUGGAGGGCGUGUUUUGGUGUAAACGUACCGCUUGGGGUUGUCUGUCUCGCGUUGACGGCUUAUGGGGUACAUGAACAGCCUUCCAAUAGGAGCGAUGCACCGGCUCUCACCUUGAAGGAAAAGUUCAAAAAGGUUGACUUGAUUGGCACCUUGUUAGCUGUACCUGCUAUUACUUGUCUGCUUAUGUCACUACAAUGGGGAGGUAGCAAGUUUGGCUGGGGCACUUGGCAAAUCAUCGUUCCACUUGUGAUCUGUGGGCUUCUCUUUGCGGGCUUCGGGUAUCUACAAUACUAUCAAGGUGAUAACGCUCUUCUCCCACCUCGAAUUUUGAAGCAGAGGAGCAUUAUUGCAGGUGUGAGAGGAUAUUCACCCACGAAAGCUGGGUUGCUUGCUCUUCCGAUGGUUGGAGGUUUGGCCAUUGCUUUGAUCAUCUCGGGUCUCGGUACAACAUGGACUGGAUAUUACUACCCAUUCAUGCUGGCAACGAGUGUUUUGACACCCGUCGCGUCAGGCCUUCUCACCACACUAAAUCUCGAAGAACAGAUCGCCAAGGCUGUUGCUCUCCUUACCUUCCUCGGUUUGGCAGUUGGUCUUGGCUUGCAAGGCCCGCAAGUAGCUCUACAGGCGGUCUUACCCAUUGAAGAUGUCUCUCUUGGCGGUGCAGUCCUGUCCUUUGGUUCCGGAAUGGGCUCCGCGCUGUGGAUUUGCGCCUCGGCGACACUAUUCCAAGACCGGCUGACUAACGAGAUCCGGGCCGCUUCCCCAGGAACAGACAUCGCGAAGCUUCAAGAGGCGGGACUUUCAAAGCUCAGGGAGUCGAUAGGGCCUGAGAGGCUGCAGAGCGUGUUGGCUGGGUAUGAGAAUGCGGUUGUGCAGACACUGUAUAUACCGUUGGCUUUGGCGCUACUCACUGUCAUUGGGUCGGUGGCUAUGGAGCGUAAAUCAAUCAAGAAGAAGAGAUGGUAG